CCGCCCGGCUGAAGCAUGUCCAAGCCCAGCGACCACAUCAAACGCCCCAUGAACGCCUUUAUGGUGUGGUCCCGCGGCCAGCGGCGCAAGAUGGCCCAGGAGAACCCCAAAAUGCACAACUCGGAGAUUAGCAAGCGGCUGGGAGCGGAGUGGAAGUUGCUCUCCGAGGCGGAGAAGCGCCCGUACAUCGACGAGGCCAAGCGGCUGCGGGCACAGCACAUGAAGGAACAUCCCGACUACAAGUACAGACCCCGGCGUAAACCCAAGAACCUGCUGAAAAAGGACAGCCAGUUCAGCUCCAGCGCCAUUCAGAAGAUGACUGAGGUUCCUCACACCUUAGCUACCAGCACCUUGCCCUACGCCUCCACCUUGGGAUACCAGAACGGGGCGUUCGGCAGCUUGAGCUGCCCCAGCCAACACACCCACACCCACCCCUCGCCAACCAACCCUGGCUAUGUCGUGCCGUGUAACUGUACCGCUUGGUCGGCUUCCAGUUUGCAACCUCCAGUUGCCUACAUAUUAUUCCCAGGCAUGACCAAGACUGGGAUAGACCCUUAUUCUUCAGCACACGCAACUGCCAUGUAACACC